AUGCCUUCAGCCGCUUACGCACAGCCGCGCGGCGAAGGCCACCUGCCUCACUUUGAGCCGCGAAGGUCUCAGGCGUCGCGCGCGCCCGGUCCGUCGCCGUCGCGCCGGCGGCGUCUCCUCGGGUAUCUCCUGUGCGUCUCUCUUCUCUGUCUCGUUCUCUUCUUGUGCACCUUUCUCGCGCUCCACUCGCCCUUCGCGGCCUCAGGCACGUCGCGGGGAGCGUCCGCUGCGCCGAGCGACAGACACAGGUCGCGUGCGGCGAAUGCUGGUCGCAGCGAGGGCGAAGAGUCGUCGCUGUCGACCUUCUCGAACGUCCCGUCCUCCCUCCCGCACCGGGCGCAGUGGACGGCUGGCAGCUCCGGCGCAGGAAGGGCGUCCGCGGAGUCUCUGCGCGCCCGCCCAGUCGCCAGUGUGGAGUCGGAGACCCGCGACGCCACGGGCCUCGGAGGGCGAGACCCAAAGCCCGAGGCCCAGCAGAGGGGAGGAGGCGACGCGCCGCCUCGCCAGUGGCGCUGGGAGGGAAACGUCGCAGAGGAGGCGGACGAGAUGGCGCACGAGGCAGGCGACGAGCCGAGUCGUUUUGAAGACGGUCUGGGCGACGACGCCUUCUACGUCGUGCACGACGAGGAGGCGAGGAAGUGGAUGGAGCGCCCCGAAGGAGCGCCGAUUCGUCGCCGCGUCUGGCAGCCUCUGGACGUGGGACUUGUCUCCCCCGCAUCCGCUGGCGACGCAAAGGCAGCGGCUGGCGCGGAGCCCAACGCCCUUGCUUCGCAGAAGGAGGUAGACGUCGCUGCCGACCAAAGAGCUGCGUGGCGGAAGCAGCUGAACCCGCUGGAGGACGUGUUCGUGUCGGCAGCCGGCGUCCCGCUUUUCCCCGCGGAGCGCCUCUCGCAGUGUCUGCGGCGCCCUGCGUCGCUCGGCGACCUACGCAAGGCGGUUGGAGGCGCGGGGCUCGCUGGGGAGCUAGGGGCGAGUGCGGGGAGUCCAGACGCGCGUCGAGGCGACUCUGAAACGGGGGGACCGCGCGCCGCGGACAUCGCGCUGCCGGAGACCGGCGGAGCCCGCGCCGCGGCGGCCAGCACUCCAAGUUUCAUCGCGACCACCGCCAAGUACGGCGCAAACGAUCGAAAGGGCACCGUGGAAAAAACCCAGCGGGCCGUCGCAGAAUUGCUGCGCGACCUCUCAAAGCCAUCUGGCGCGUCGCUGCUUUCCCGACUUUCCUCGGUCUCCUCGCAGGCUGGUAGCCGCGGCGCGCUGGCUUCUGCCACAAGCGCACGCCGCGAGGCCGGUGACGCAGACUCGCUUCGGGUCUCGGGGGGCGCCCUGGGGGCAGGCCUUUCUCUGCCGGCAGUUGGGCCGCCUGCGCCCGGCGUCCGCGUGGCUCUUCCCGCGCCCGAGGUGCUUCGGGAGGCCUACAAGCUGCUGGCAAGCCCACCGCGGGACGCCGCGCUCUCUCUGCUGCACCCUUCGGCGCUAGGCAGGGGCGCUGCAGGCGAGGCGGCGACGCGAGGGGCUCCCUCUGAUGAAGGCCGCGUGGCGAGCGAGCUCCCUGUGUUUCUUGCGGAGUCCUUCUUCGAAGACCUCCGCGACGUGUUGCCUCCCACUUCGCUAGAGCUCGCUCUCGAAGCGGAAGAAGACGCUCCGCGGGCGACCGCGCCGGAGGAAUGCUUUUCACGCGCUCUUCGCCGAGGCACGCUGCGGUCGACGACUCAGGACCUGAGGCGUGUCGCGCUUCACCCGCUGUCAGGCUUCGCCGCCCUAGUUCAGCAGGAAGCGGUGAUGUCUCUCUUGUUCAGGCACCGCGGGCUUGGAGGGGCGCCAGCGGCGCCCGCCGGUCGACCCGAGGAGACAACGCGGCGGGGGCGCGCUGUGGCGCCUGUCUUCGCAGCUCUGGUCACGGCAGAGAUCUUCGCCUGCGCGCUGGAAAGGAGCGCAGACUCGACGCCUGCGGCUGCAGACGACGUAGGGGCGAGUCGCCUUCGCGAGCCAGGUGUGGCGCUUGCGGAGGCGCUCCGGGGGGCAGCGUUGUAUUCCGUUCUGGCGCUGUCGAGCCAGCGGGUUGCGUCCGCCGAAGUAGCCGCGGCGUGGCGCGAGCAGGUCCAGGAGGACGCAGCCGCGUCUGCCGUGUUGGGCGCUCCGCACGCCGCGACCCCGUUCUGGCUCUCUGCACUGCCUCUCUCUCUCACGACGUCCUUCUUCCCAGACGCUAGCGACUCCCAGCCGUCGCCUCGUCCCGCGAAGGAGGCAGAAAAGGGCCGCAUCCCUCUGAACGGUGGGGGGGGCAGUGAUGCAGUUGAGGCACCCGAGGGCGAAAAUCGCCGCGCGGCCUCACGGAGGGAUAAAGACCGCGCGCCAGGCGGGCGUCCAGAGCCGCCAAACCCAUUCCCUGCGGCUCUAGUACUGGAGGCAUCGGUAGCAACUGCAGGCUCGCCGCAGCUUGCCUUCGCUGCCCCCGAAGGGGCGCCUCGCAGUUGGGAUGAGUUCGCCGCGUUAGCGGCCUCCCUCUCCGCGAAAUCCGGUCAAGAGGCUGCGAACGCCGCGCGCGCGCACGAGCCUUUGCUCACUCUCUUGCCGGCCGCUGCUGCUGCGCCUUUGCGCGUAGCUUCACGCGGAGAUGCGGGUGCGUCGAUGCCCUCCAAGGGCUUCGACCCCCGGCGAGACGUGGCGCUGCCACCGGCGACCAGCGUCCAGCUCGCCGCCCUCGCCAUCCGCGGGGGGCCCGCGGCCUCUCCGCGGGACAAGGAGGCUCGGGAGACAAGGGGAGAGAGACACGCUGCCGCGCAGAUCACUGUCGCGGCGAGUGCAGCAGGUGCUGCGCUCCUGUUGCAUCUGGUUCCUUGGAUUUUGCUGCCGGAAAUUCUUUCUUGCUCCCCCUUUGCAUUGUUGGCCUCUGUGGGCGGCGACGCGGGCGUCCUCGAUGACCGCACAGAAACCGAGAUGCAGGAUAGCCUGGAGGCGGCCAGGAGUCUCGUCGCUUUCCUGGCGAAGGGCGACGGCGAGUUGAGUGUAAAAACAGCCGCGGACUUUGACGAUAAGCUCCGACAGACUCUGCGACCCGUCUCGCUCUACCAGCUCCGGCGUGCGCGGCAGGUGGUUCAGGCCCUCGAACAGCAGCUUCCCGGUGGCAGUUUUUUUCCAGCUUUUUUUGGGUUCCUUCGUCGGCGUGCUUCGUCCGAGGCGGAGUCGCUGGUACUCGAAGAGCUCGCCGGGCUCGCGGAGGAAGCAGGUCCCGAUGGGCGGAAAAACGUGCCGAGAAUGCGCGGGUCCGAGCGGCGGGGGGGCCGAGGCCCGCAGGGGCAAGAGGCUACGGACGAACAGGCGGAGACGGAGGCCCGCAGCGAGCAAGGGCGUUCAGGAGCGAGAGAGCAAAAACAGAUUCGCCCGGGGAUGCUCGUCUUCGGGCGACGAGACUUCGAUGUUGUCUUAUUCUCCUCUCUCGACUCGAGAGGGCCGCUAACUGAGGUUGUCAUCCGCAGCUUCGUCCGCCCCGCGCAAGAGCUCAACAGCGCGGCGGCCUCUCCUGUCGUGGAGCAUGCAGCAGAUGGUGGGCGCGGAAGUCCAGCGAGCCUCAUGGACGCGGGCGAAGGCAAAAGGGGAGAAUCCGUACUCGAGCUCUUGGACGUCGAGGCGCCCUUCGCAGCGCAAAAGACAAGCGUCUCACGUGCCCCCGGGAAGGGUGACGCGUCGCGGAAUGAGCCGGACGCGCUACGGCCUGGGGCGGCUUCCGCUCAGAACGCUGGGGAGGCGGCCGCGACUGACCUGGCAAGAGAGGAUACAGAAAAAAGUGACGCAUUCGAUGUGGAUGCAGGCGUGGCUCGAGCGUUUGGCGGGCCUCCUGAGGCGAAACGGGCCCUCUGUUCAUGGAUCCGCGGAGCAGCGAGAAGUUUUUUCAUCUCAAGAGCGACUUUCUGUCUGUGUCCCCAGGAAGGCUGGAUGCCUUCAAGAUGUGUAUUCGAGUCGCUGGCACAUGCGUGCGUUCCUGUGGCGGUCGGAGGUGAAACUGAGCUCUGGCUGCCGGGCGGCUGUCUGUUCGACUGGACUGAGAUGGCUGUGUUCAUUCCCCGAAGCCGCGCACCGUACGCGUCGCAAAUUCUCUCCGAAAUCACGGACGAGGAACUUUUAGAAAAGCAGCAGAUGGUAUGGAAAGUUCGCCAGCACUUCCUCUAUGACCUGUCGCAGCUGGGGGCCCAGACAGCUACCACCAACGACGCACGACGGCCUUCAGGACGCGCGAAGCCUCAGCCGGAGGACGGUGCGGCGGUCGCGCCCACGCUUGAUGCGAGACGGCUUGCGCUGCUUGAGAUGACAAUGCGAACUGCGGCCCUCGACGGCUGA